CCAUGACGGAACUUCGCUAUGGUGAGUGAUGAUCAAAUUAGGUGAUGAUGAUGAUGAUGAUGAUGAUGAUGAUGAUGAUGAUGAUGAUGAUGAUAAUGAUGAUGAUGAUGAUGAUGAUGACGACGACGAUGACGACAGCGACGGCGACGGCGACGGCGAUGGCGACGACGACGGCGACGGCGACGGCGACGACGAUGACGACGGCGACGGCGACGGCGACGACGAUGACGACGGCGACGGCGACGGCGACGGUGACGGUGACGGUGGUGAUGAUGAUGAUGAUGAUGAUGAUGAUGAUGAUGAUGAUGAUGAUGAUGAUGAUGAUGAUGAUGAUGAUGAUGAUGAUGAUGAUGAUGAUGAUGAUGAUGAUGAUGAUGAUGAUGAUGAUGAUGAUGAUGAUGAUGAUGAUGAUGAUGAUGGUGGUGGUGGUGCUUGCAAUUUGAAGAUGACAAUUGGUGAUGUUGCUCCAAUUCCAAGGAGGAACAGUUCUUCCUCUGAUGAAAUUGUUGCUCCUUUAUUACCAAAGUCUCAAGGAGAUGAAGUUGCUUAUGAUGAAUUCAAUGGAGCUUCGUUUAGUGGCGCGGUUUUUAAUCUCGCUACGACUAUAAUUGGUGCUGGUAUCAUGGCUUUGCCUGCUACGAUGAAGAUUCUUGGACUUGGACUUGGAAUCACUAUGAUUAUUGUUAUGGCUUUCUUGACUGAUGCAUCGAUUGAGUUCUUGCUUAGGUUUAGUAAAGCUGGGAAGAAUCGAUCUUACGGUGGUUUAAUGGGUGGUUCUUUUGGUAAUCCUGGAAGGAUUUUGCUUCAAGUCGCGGUUUUAGUUAACAACAUCGGUGUUUUGAUUGUUUACAUGAUCAUUAUAGGUGAUGUGUUGGCUGGAAAGACGGAAGAUGGAAUCCAUCAUUUCGGUGUUCUUGAAGGAUGGUUUGGUCACCAUUGGUGGAACGGAAGAGCUGCUAUUCUUCUUAUUACAACUCUUGGUGUAUUUGCUCCAUUAGCUUGCUUCAAGCGAAUUGAUUCUUUGAAAUUUACAUCUGCCUUAUCAGUGGCUCUGGCGGUUGUGUUUCUCAUUAUUACAGCGGGAAUUUCGAUUAUGAAGUUGAUCAGUGGCGGUGUGGCGAUGCCAAGAUUGCUACCAGAUGUUACCGACUUAACAUCUUUCUGGAAUCUCUUCACAGUUGUACCCGUUCUUGUCACAGCAUUCAUAUGCCAUUACAAUGUUCACAGCAUUCAGAACGAGCUAGAAGACGCCUCUCAGAUAAGACCUGUUGUCCGAUCAGCACUUAUGCUCUGCUCAUCUGUUUACAUUAUGACAAGCAUUUUCGGGUUCCUCUUGUUUGGUGAUGAUACUCUUGAUGAUGUCCUUGCAAACUUUGACACCGACCUUGGAAUCCCUUUUGGUUCUAUCCUUAAUGAUGCGGUUCGAGUUAGCUAUGCGCUUCAUCUGAUGCUCGUGUUCCCAAUUGUUUUCUACCCUCUUCGGAUUAACAUUGACGGGCUCUUGUUCCCUUCUGCCCGAUCAUUAUCUACCUCAAAUGUGAGAUUUGGUUGCCUCACUGCCGGUCUCAUCUCUGUAAUCUUCUUGGGUGCAAACUUCAUCCCAAGCAUUUGGGAUGCUUUCCAAUUCACUGGAGCAACUGCUGCUGUUUGUCUCGGCUUCAUCUUCCCAGCUUCUAUUAUACUAAAGGAUCGUCAUGGCAAAGCAACAAACAGGGACACAACCUUAGCCAUUUUCAUGAUCGUUCUUGCGGUAUUGUCCAAUGCAAUCGCCAUUUACAGCGAUGCCUAUGCGCUAUUCAAGAAGAACGCCCCUCGUGAGUAAUCCUGGAAUGAGAAAAUAUGCAGUUUGGUGUUUCUGAAUGAAGAAGAAAAAAAGCGUUUGUUUUUUCUUCUAUGUGAAAUCAAAUAAUGAAGAAGACGAGACCUCUCUUCUCUAUAUGUUUGUACUAUUGUUGUUGAGUGUUCUAAGCGGACUUUUGCUUGCUUCUGGUUAAAUACCACCAUGAGUGUUGUUUAUAGAAUCUCUGUAUAAAAAUGUAAUGCAGAU